UCUGGACCACUGACUUGCUAGUUGUCUUCCUGCUUCCCGUCUUUUCCUUUCAUUUUUCCACCAUUUCUUUUCUCUGUUCCUGGAAGCCAAAGCGAGACAUUGGCUUCAAUCAAACGCCAGCUUUAGAAUCUGGGUGCAAGAGCGGGGAUCGACCCAGAGUUGUGAUGGAGAGCACCCCUUCAAGGGGUGGGCUGAACCGAGUACAUCUACAAUGCAAGAAUCUCCAGGAAUUUCUGGGGAGUUUGAGCCCUGGGGUACUUGACCGGUUAUAUGGUCACCCGGCUACCUGUCUAGCAGUCUUCAGAGAGCUCCCUUCCCUGGCUAAGAACUGGGUGAUGAGAAUGCUCUUCCUGGAGCAGCCUUUGCCACAAGCUGCUGUGGCCCUGUGGGUGAAGAAAGAAUUCAGCAAAGCUCAGGAGGAAAGCACAGGGUUGCUGAGUGGCCUCCGUAUCUGGCAUACUCAGCUGCUCCCAGGUGGUCUUCAGGGUCUCAUUCUCAACCCCAUCUUCCGACAGAACCUCCGCAUAGCCCUUCUGGGUGGGGGGAAGGCCUGGUCUGAUGAUACAAGUCAACUAGGACCAGACAAGCAUGCCCGGGAUGUUCCCUCACUUGACAAGUACGCGGAGGAGCGAUGGGAGGUGGUCCUGCACUUCAUGGUGGGCUCUCCCAGUGCAGCUGUCAGUCAGGACUUGGCUCAGCUCCUCAGCCAAGCUGGUCUCAUGAAGAGUACUGAGCCUGGAGAGCCACCCUGUAUUACUUCUGCUGGCUUCCAGUUCCUGCUGCUCGACACCUCGGCCCAGCUCUGGUACUUUAUGUUGCAGUAUUUGCAGACAGCCCAGAGUCGGGGCAUGGAUCUUGUGGAGAUUCUCUCUUUCCUCUUCCAGCUCAGCUUCUCUACUCUGGGCAAGGAUUACUCUGUGGAAGGUAUGAGUGAUUCUCUGCUGAAUUUCCUGCAACAUCUGCGUGAGUUUGGGCUUGUUUUCCAGAGGAAGAGGAAAUCUCGGCGAUACUAUCCCACGCGCCUAGCCAUCAAUCUCUCAUCAGGUGUUUCUGGAGCUGGGGGCACUGCUCACCAGCCAGGCUUCAUUGUGGUGGAAACCAAUUACCGCUUGUAUGCCUACACGGAGUCAGAGCUACAGAUCGCCCUCAUUGCCCUCUUCUCUGAGAUGCUCUAUCGCUUCCCCAACAUGGUGGUGGCGCAGGUGACCCGGGAGAGUGUGCAGCAGGCCAUUGCCAGUGGCAUCACAGCCCAGCAGAUCAUCCAUUUCCUAAGGACAAGGGCCCAUCCCGUGAUGCUCAAACAGACCCCUGUGCUGCCCCCCACCAUCACAGACCAGAUCCGCCUCUGGGAGCUAGAAAGGGACAGACUGCGUUUUACUGAGGGCGUCCUGUACUACCAGUUCCUUUCCCAAGUGGACUUCGAGCUGCUGCUGGCCCACGCGCGGGAGCUGGGCGUCCUGGUGUUCGAGAACUCGGCCAAGCGCCUCAUGGUGGUGACCCCCGCGGGACACAGCGACGUCAGGCGCUUCUGGAAGAGACAGAAGCACAGCUCCUGAGAAGGAAUGCGGAGAAUUCGGGACUGACGGACCGGGCGGGGCGGGCCCAGCCGGCGCGGCCUCCAAACUCAGGGUUGUUUUUUUUAAUGGACACUUGGGGACUCUUGUUAAAUAAAGUUGUGGAAACUAAA